GCAACAAAUCUUCUCGAACGCACACCCCACCAGACCACAAACCGCUAGUCUGACCUGAUACAUAUAACAAACUGUGUUUGAGUUUCACAGAAACAGUAAGGUCACACAGCCUGAGCUCGACACUCGACUGUCAGGUUUGCUUGAGACUCAUCGUGUCUUUACCCUUUUCCUUCAACUCCACAAUGACUGUCAACAAUAGCACUAACAAUAGCACCGAUUGCUCGUGGUUUUCCCCGGAACUACAACACUGGAAAAUCAUUGCUUAUGCGGUUAUUGGAUUCUGUUGUGUGUCUGGUAUCCCUGCUAACAUCGCCGUGAUAGUCAAACUCAGUCGGCAUCUACGCGGCUCCUCCAUCUCGCAGCGCCUCUUCUUCCACCUGGCCCUGUCGGACCUCCUCUGCCUGCUGUGCUUGCCGGUCGGCAUGGUCAUUUUGUACAGGCCACGUCUACCUAUCUAUCUAACUGGCGAAGUCUGUCAGCUUGUCUUUUACGUCUUUGUGUUCUGCAUCAACACCAGCUUAAACAUUCUGGUGCUGAUCAGCAUUCAGAGAUACUAUCAGGUCAUUCAUCCCCAAAAGUGGGAGAAGGUGAACCGGACAUGGCAGCGCAUUUUACUCUCCUCUGUGUGGAUACUCGGAGGCCUUAUGGCUCUUCCAGUACUGUUUUUUCUGACCAAGGUGAACAGCAACGAGGGAAAUCAGAACGACAAUCACUGCGAGAAUCAGAGGGUCUCACCAGUGCUAGAAGCGAUCUACAUCGGUUUUGUAGUUUUCAGCCAUCUGGUACUGUUGUCCUGUUACCUAAUGCUUGUUAAAGGGGUUCAUCGAAAGAAAAUGUCUGUCAAGAAAAAGCCUAGGGUUACCAGACUCUUCAUACGAAUCCUCUUUGCCUCCCUGAUUGUUGGCUUUUUGCCCCUCAUUCUUCGAGUGUUUUACGUCUUUGCGAGUCUCACAGAAUCAGAGCAUCUGCUUUGUCUCAGCAGGAAGCUGACGUUUGUGGAAUGUUUUUACUUCCUCAUAUACUGUAUGAAUCCAUUCCUGUAUUUCUUUUCCUCUCGACAUCAAAGACGAGAAAGCUUCCGUCAGAAAAAGAGGUUCCUCAUGCCUCUUGAUGACAGCUCCUAAUGUGCUCCCUGAAUCAUGAAUAACAUCUUCAGCACCUUCAUACUAAUUAGGCUUGAUAGACAUUAAAAUGUUAUCAUGCAAUUUGAACUCAAUGUAUAUUAAUAUAAUGUUAAUAUAAAUACAGAACUUCUCUUGG